ACUAUAGGUCAAAAUCACAAGCUUGGAGAUGAGCUUCCUGAGCUGUGGCCGUACAUUUAUCCUGCUGUAUAUUAUACUAGGUCUGUCAUGUGGAUGUGGUCAGUAGUGGCAGCGUGGUUCUCUGACCCAGCCUCCCUCUCACAUUACAGCUCUAUUUAUAACACCCCCUUUCUUGCAUGGGCUCCCCGCCCAGCAUGCAUCUGGAAGCCCCAGCCCAUAGCCCGAAGCCCAUAGCCCCAACUCUGAGCAAUGGCAGGAAGCUCCUACCACUCCCAUCUCCUCUGCACUCUCCUCCAGGCCGUCAUCUGAGCUCCUGCUCCUGCUCGGCUCAGCUGCUGCUGCUGUUUACCCAACGCCGCCUGGCAGCUCGCGCUCGCCGCACGCUCUGGAUUAUCACACACACACAAACACACACACACACAUGGGCGUGCUUAGAUGCACACACACAUGCACACACGCGCAUAUAUGUCUUGAUUUUUUUUCCAGGACGUCUUUAAUGACGGAGAGGGAAUUGGUUCAUUAAUUUGUUUGCGGAGAUAAACUUAGUGAAAGGUUCAUUUAUUGCUUGCGAUGGAUCACACUCUGUUCGGCUGCCUGCGCGGCCCGCACGCUCCUCCUCAGGCCCUGCACCCGGCCUUCGCCCUGCACAGCCGCUCUGAGCACCUUUCUGCCUACCCUGACCUCUCAUCCUCUUCCUCGUCCUCCUCUCCCUCUUGCGUGGUCAGCUGUUAUCCAGGAGAGGAUGGACUCUUCGGAGGGCACGGGCACCAGCGUGGACCCCCGAUUACUCAGCAGCAUCACCCUGUUACACCCCAACCACAGCAAGGCAGCUGGCACAUACCCCAAAUGUCCAGUGUGUCAAACAACAAUGUGCGCUUAGGCCUGGGAAUGACGGGGACGGACUCGGGCUCCUCAGAUAUGGCACCUGGUGGUCCGAGUCUCUGUGCCAGUACACCCAGUCUUGGUGGAACCAUGCCCUCAGGGGUGUCCUGUCUGCCUGGUGGGGACUUUGGGCGUCAAACACUGUCCCCAGCAGAGGCAGAGAAGAGGACCGGAAAAAGAAGGAGUGAUAGUUCAGAGUCCCAGGAUGGAAAUUACAAAUCAGACUCAAGUAGCAAGCCCCGGAAGGAGCGGACCGCCUUUACUAAAGAACAGAUCCGAGAGCUUGAGGCGGAAUUCGCCCAUCACAACUAUUUGACCCGACUGCGGCGUUAUGAAAUAGCGGUAAACUUGGACCUGACGGAAAGGCAGGUGAAAGUGUGGUUUCAGAACAGACGGAUGAAGUGGAAGCGAGUGAAGGGUGGACAGCAAGGUGCCGUGGCCAGGGAGAAAGAACUGGUUCAUGUGAAAAAGGGGACUUUGUUGCCGUCAGAGUUUUCGGGCAUCGUCGGUCUCCAUCACAGACCAGACUCACUGAUGAACGAGGACAGCCAUGACAGCGAUCAGAGCUCUGAGCAUGCUCAUUUAUGAUAUAAAGAUGUUGGCCAUGAGAUGCAUAUCAUACCCUAGUGCUAUCACAGUUGCUAUUUAUGAAGAGGAGCCACAUACUCGGUUAGCAACCCAGGGCCUUUUAUCCCCAUGGCUGCAUUAUGAACCACAACUGGAAGACCUAGAGGAUGGAGGGAAUGCUCCUACAACGUUUUUUGGGUAGUUGAUGUGGUAGCUGAAUGACUGUGCUGAAAAUCUAUGCACAUAUCCCCAUGUACACAGGACUGACAUCUUUCAACAGACUUAUGAUUAUGUUAAAUGUGCACGCGCACGAUAAAACAUGUACACGCAUGUGCACGAUAAAAAAAACACGAACAAUGUGCCUUGCUGUAAAUGAACACUUAAACACAGUUUACAAGUGGAAUAUUAUUAGAGUUGUAAAGUACAGUAUAAAUGCAUUACACACCUACAGGUUUUAAUUCAUUCAGAAGGGAAUGUGCAACUUGCCUGUGUUAAAAUGUUGUUUCUAAUUUGGUUAAAAUGUUGAACAUUCCAUAAAACGUGCCUUGUGUCACAAAGUGAGUCUAUGCUUUGGUUUGCACUGUAAACCAUCAUUCAUUUGUUUCUACUGUAUAUUCAAAAAAAUUGUCAUGUAUACCAAAAUAAGAUUCAACCCAUGCAAAAACUCCCUUUACUUUAAGUAUUAAAUUUGUGUAAAUAUUAUUAUGAAUAUUUUCUUAACUCCCAUCUCAC